AUGGACAUCUUAGACGAACUGGAGUCCAUGGCACAGUUCGCUGUCCAGCAGCCAGCAGAACUGAAUGAGCCGGAGUGCAAUACCGUCAAGAAAUGGCAGUCCCUUUUCGGCUACUCCUACUCCGAAGCUGCGCAGAAAAUCCAAGAACAUCGAUCGAGCUUUGGCCGAGUGACCGUGUCCGACGAACACUGGAAGAUGGUUCGGACUGAGAAAGAGUCUCACGGAUAUGACAAGGAGGCCUACGAGCACUCGUGCACCAUCAUAAGGGGACCGGAAGCCGCCACCCACGAUAUAUCGACGAAGAGCCCUAACAAUAAGCCGUGCUCUUAUCUCCUCAAACUGGACGGACCUCUAGAUGAUGCGGAGAAGGUCAAGCUAGCCGCCGGUCUCGACGUGGCCCCGAGAGAACAUGAAGCGACAGACGAUGCCGGCGAACCGGCAAGCUUCUGCAAGGUCGAUGCCCAGGCCAAGGACAAAAUUCUGAGAUAUCUGUCGCAGAUGGAGUCGCGGUUCCGCCCUACCUUCAUCCGAGAUUCCAUGGCUGCGAAGAAUCUAUCCGCUACUUCUGCGUAUCCCAUUCUCGGCAUGGAUCCCACUAUGCCACAUCAACGGCCGGACUUUGCGAAUGAUCCACGGCUUCUUCCAGCCCAAAACCAGUACCCAGUCUGGUACUUCUUUUACGGAACCCUCGGAGAUCCAGCUGUGCUGAAGGGCCUAUUGGGUACCGACCCAUCAUAUCGGCCAGCAACUGUACGGCGGGGCGUGCUGAAGACGUGGGCCGGCAAAUACAAAGCACUCGUCGAUGCCAUCGACGACAAGGCGCGGGUACAGGGACAGGCCUUCCUUGUCCGGAGCCGGGAGCAGGAGGAAGACCUUCGACGCUACGAGACCGACCAGUACGAGGUGGUGCGGUGCGAGAUCGACAGCGAGGGCCAAGGUGUGGUCCGCGGACUCACAUUUCGCUUCGUCGGCGACUGCGACCAAUGA